UACUUUUAAUUGGUUUAGCAACUUCUUCUAUGGGGAGAAGACACAAGACAAGAAUGAUGGACUAUCCCAGCACCUGUGUUAAUGGAUUUUCAAUCAAUGUGGACCCCACCUCUUCCUGCACCCCACCCCAUUUCUGCAGACAUUCCUUGGUUUGUAAAGACCCCGUGCUUUAUACCUGAAGUGGAAGAAUAUCAAAUUCGACCAAGAAAACAAAGCAUUUCUUAAGUAAACAGUAAGGAGCUCCGAAGAGUGGGACCUGCAGGUCUCAAAGGCCUUGGUCCCUGAUGGUCCAGUUAUAUUUUGAUUUAUGUCGGCCUGUGAUUGCCCCUGUUUUGACCCAAGAGAGGAUUGUGUGGGAAGUUUGUCUGUGAGAUAGAGCUGCGGCGUUGCUCUGCAGAGUGUCUGGAGCCUAAGUGGAUGCAGUGUCCCCGUCCAGCCUCUGAUAAGUAGGGAAAGUGCCCACUCUGCUCAGCUGGGAGGCCAGCGCGGUCGUUAAGCCUGUGCACUCAUUCUGUGAGGAAGAGGACAGCCGUAGUAACAUCAGCGAAUUUUUUCCUCAACCUCAGGUUUUAUUCUGAAAGUGUCUAGCAUUGCUGAAGUCAACAAAGCAGUAGAAACUGGAUCAGAGAAUGGCAAAUACCUAUGUCACUGCGCCUGAUGGGUACUGUCUUGCCGAACCCGCACAGCAUUUCGAUAUUUUGCCAGAACAAAUCCAUUACCAGCUGUGUGACACCGAUUUCCAAGACCCACCCUAUUGUCCGUAUUCUACUGCUCAGUUCCCUCCAGCUCUACAGUCCCCAACUUUACAAAGCCAUUUCAACACAUAUGGCUUGGAUCCACACUACGGUGGUGGCGGUUGGAGGGGACUUGAUGCUCGUGAAUCGAGUCAGUCCACUUACAUGGUUGCUCACAAUGAGGAGGAUGGAUUCCCUGGGAUACAAAGCUCCCAACCAACUUGUUCUUUCCGCUGGAAGGGGCAAGAUGAGCUCUGCGUGGUCUGCGGUGAUAAGGCGUCUGGAUAUCACUACAAUGCACUUACUUGUGAAGGCUGCAAAGGUUUUUUCCGCCGUAGCAUCACCAAAAAUGCAGUCUACAGGUGCAAGAAUGGCGGCCACUGUGAGAUGGAUAUGUACAUGCGCAGAAAAUGCCAAGAGUGCAGACUGAAGAAGUGCAAGGCAGUGGGGAUGCUGGCAGAAUGUUUGCUCACAGAGAUCCAGUGUAAGUCAAAGAGGCUUCGCAAGAACUUCAAGCAGAAGAUUGCCCUUUACUUGGAUGUCCAAGGGGAAGAUGACGGAGCAGACAGCAAGCUUGUGUCAUCCACCACCAGAUCUGGAAAAGGGGUUCAGGAAAGCAUGACACUAACUCAAGAGGAACAUCAUCUUAUGAAUACCAUAGUGACUGCUCACCAACAAUUCACGGUCCCUCUAGGGGAAACAAGUACCUUUGAGUAUUCCAACCCUGAACUAAGUUUUCUGAGACUCUCAGAGGCAGCAGUCCCACACAUACAUAUGCUGAUAAAUUUUACCAAGGGACUCCCAGGAUUUGAAAAUUUAACCAGUGAGGAUCAGAGUGCAUUACAGAAGGAGUCGAAGACUGAAGUGAUGUUCCUUCUCGCAGCCCAGCUUUACAGCGGGAAAGAAUCAACCUCUGGAAGUACUAUGAGACCAUCAAAGCCCUCAGCUCCUGCAGUGAAAGCGCAUAAUCAGGGCAAUGAUGAAAAUGUUUAUUCUUUGGAAAACCUUUUCAAGGAAGGCGGUCCUUCUGCUACUCUAACUGGUAUUACUAAAGAAUUCAUUGCCUCACUGUCUUACUUCUACAGAAGAAUGAGUGAACUUAAUGUAACAGAUACUGAAUAUGCUCUGCUUACAGCAACAACAGUGCUUUUCUCAGAUCGUCCAUGUCUUAAAAAUAAGCAGCACGUAGAAAAUUUACAAGAACCAGUUCUCCAGCUUUUGUUUAAAUAUUCGAAAGUGUACCGUCGGGAAGAGCCCCAGCAUUUCGCUCACCUCAUAGGGCGGCUUACUGAACUGAGAACUCUGAGUCACAGGCACUCGGAAAUCCUCAGUGCCUGGGAAACAAAGGACCCCAGACUGCUUGUGUUACUCUCUGAGAAGUGGAAUUUGCAUGCAUUUUACUGAAACAGAGAAUUUUGAGGUUUGUCUUAAAAUUUCAAAAUCAAAAUUGGAUGACCGAUUGGAAAAUUGUAAACAAAACCACAGUGUUACCACACUUCACUAUAAAAUGGAGAUCCCAAGGGCUCAUCAGAUUUUGUGGAAUUUUGGACUCUACUCAGUAGAGAAACACUCUAGGAUUCUUCUCAAUGGAGCCAUGUGGUGGCACAUUUCCUGUGCUUGGGAGAUGGUUGCAACAGCCUGACUUUAAGGCCAUCCUGGGUUGGAUAAUAAGACUAAGAAAGAGAAGAACUGAUGGCCAUUGUUUCUUCAUGAGUCCUUUACCUAAGGAAACGAAUUGUUUUCAUUUAGCUGAAAAUAUCCAAUGUAUAAAUGUAAACAGAGGUUAGCUGAUGGUUGUAUAAGGCAGUGUGUCUGCCCCACUGAUUAAGGACACAGUGAUGGAAUAAGAAGCUGGCUUAAACCUCUUCUUGUGAUGGCAUUUCAUGGAUGAUUAAAGAGGAAAAGAUCUUU